ACCGAGGGAGAAGAGAGGAGUGUCUCUGCGUGCGUGUAUAUCUGCAUCGGAGGGUGAGGUGAGGCCGCGAGGUGGAGAGGAAGAGCACGAGCCCACCUCCCGUUUCCACCUCUCUAUCCUAUGGAUAGAGCCUCCGCGACAACCAUAGAUAUCCUCGUUAUGAUCCCAUCAGCGCCUUCUCCUUUGUAGCACCAUCUCCCCUCCCCCACCCACCCCCCGGUUUAUUUGACAAGAUUUGAUCUCAAUCUUCGCACGCUUCUUGGCCGAGUGGGGGAGAAGAUUCCAGAAAUGGCCGUCGCCGUAGCCGCAGGGACCCUCCGUACCUGCUCCGGCGUAUUUCCGCCGGCGUCCGGGAACCAUCAGCUUGCCCGGUGGCGGCCACUUGCACCGGCAGCGCCUGCUAAGCUGAGAUUAUUGUCUCCAGCUUUGAGGAUUACCAGUGCUGCUUCGCCUGCAGCUGUUGAGAAUGGGAGCUCUAGCAACACUGAUACAGUCCCUACACCGAAAGUUAUAAUAGAUCAAGACUCAGAUCCUGAUGCAACUAUUGUGGAAGUAACCUUGGGUGACCGUCUUGGGGAUCUUCUUGAUACUAUGAGUGCCCUGAGGAAUUUAGGGUUAAAUGUUGUGAAAGCUAGUGUUUGCCUUGAUUCUUCCGGCAAGCACAAUAAGUUUGCUAUAACAAAGUCGUCAACUGGUCGCAAAAUUGAUGACCCGGAGUUGUUAGAAGCAGUAAGACUGACAAUUAUCAACAACAUGCUUGAAUAUCAUCCUGAAGCUAGCAGUCAAUUGGCCAUGGGUGCAACUUUUGGGCUAGAGCCCCCUACGGAAGUGGUUGAUGUGGACAUAGCAACUCACAUAGAAAUCUAUGACGAUGGUCCUGAAAGAAGUUUACUUGUUGUGGAAUCAGCUGACCGUCCAGGGUUGUUGGUUGAUCUAGUUAAGAUCAUUGCUGACAUCAAUAUCACUGUCCAAUCUGGAGAAUUUGACACCGAGGGGCUACUGGCCAAGGCAAAAUUCCAUGUCAGUUACCGGGGCAAGCCAUUAAUCAAGGCUUUGCAACAGGUUCUUGCUAAUAGCUUGCGUUAUUUCUUGAGGAGGCCGACGACAGAGGAUGCCAGUUUCUAGGCAGAUGGUUACAAAUCCACACUUUAUGAUAGUUCAUGAUACAUGAUAUUUGCCUGAAGCUGGAACUAUCGUCCAAAUUAUUCCCGAAAUAUCUGUAAUUACCCAAAAAAAGUGAUGUACAUGAUAUAUCAUCCAGUUUCACGUGAAGACAGGUUCGUGUUGUAUGAUUUGCGCUAUUCUUCCAAUUUAAAUUAUGAGCUGGCUGGAUUCAAGUAUGUA